UAUCGUCACAGGAAGUGUGUUGUUAGCUUCCUGUUCACAGAUAAGCGUUACAUAAAGUCCAAGUGAAGUGAUAAUAAAAUAAAGUGUUAUAAAGUUCUAGUGAAGAUGUCUGUUGAUCUGGAUCAGACACCUCGGUCUCUGCUGGUCUGUGAUCGGUCCAGUUUCCUGAACGAGAAGAACCGGAUCAGUUCUCAGGUGGAGCAGCUGCACUUCAACUACAAGGUGUCUCUGCUGCUGCCAGAGUGUAGCUCCGCCCCCUCUCACCUGGACACUGUAUUCAGCAGUUUCAACAGUUUCUACCUGAUCAGGAACAUGCCCAUAUAUGAACUGCUGGACAAACACUUCCUGAAGACGGCAGUGUACCAGGGUAGUGUGUAUGGUGUGUCGUACAGAACCAGAAUCGAUGAAGAUAACUGUGUUGCCCUGAUGCCAAAUGGUCACCUGUCUCUCUCUCUGGAUAAAGACUCCUUUGAGCUGUUGGGAGCUGAGGGGAAACCGUCCAGAUUCAACCACAGAACAACCUGCAGAUACGUCGUAUGUGUAGAUCUGACUGACAGCAGCAUGGCUCCUGGUGGGCGGGGCUACCAGCGACUCCUCACAGGUCUGAGGUCACGUCUGCAACUGAAGACAGACUUCCUGCUGUCACACCAUCCAGGGGGCGGAGCCUCUCUGCAGAACCUAUUGUCUCGUUACGAUUGGUCGGAGCACAGACCUGAUGUCAGCAGUCGCACCCUUACCAACCUGUCCUGCCCUGCCCUGCAGUCAUGCGACCUGCAGUCAUGUGACCCUCACAGCCUCUUGGAGUGGAUCGGAGCCGUGGAUGCCCACAUCAGCUGUGAGAACUCGUCCAGCAGCUUCCUGUCCUCACUGGUGUGUCCUGAGCCGAAGACAACGGUGAGUCGAGCUCUGAGUGUCUCCGUCUGUGGACUACUGCUGCCUCAGGACGUCCACCGACUCAUUCAGCAGAUCAGGUACUACCUGGAGCAGCCUCGCCUGGAGUCCUGGGUGUCACUGACGGUUCAUGGUUUUGUUGACAGUCCAGUGUCGUGGGGAGGAAAUGAACACGGAGUAUUGAGAGGAGGCGAGAACUUCUACAGCCUGCUCAUCUUCCGUGACCAAACCUACCAGCUGCACCUGGCUACAGGAGCACACGACACCUGUCCACCAUGAUGAUGUCAACUGCUCACAUGUGACCUGUUCUGGUUUGAUUUGUAUCUGGAUCAGGUUUUGUUUUAGAAGCCUGUGCCAGGUUAGUUUGGAUUAAAAUGCCUCAGACCGUAUCUUUUAUUUAACAUUUUCAUUUGAGUUGAUAAAAGCACAUUUCCAAAAUAUAUUCCAUUUGAUUUCUUUGAAUCUUAUGUAGAAGUUCACAAAUCAAAGACACCUCGUGGAGUUGAGUUAAUGUUCAGCAAUGAAAUGUUUUCCUUCAUGUGACCUCUCAGACUGAUAAAGUGACCCUCUGUGGGGCUGCAACCCUCAGGUUUAGAAUCACAGACACUCAUACAGUUAUGUAUCAGAUGAUCUCAUACCGAGAAAAUAAAAUGAUGUUGUAGUUAAUUUGGUUUUAACCAACUGA